AUGGCAGCAUCCAGCUGGAGAGAAGCCAGUUCUUGGCAAAAAUCGGGGAUUAUUUUGGUGGGAGGGGCAGCCGUUGCUGCAUUGGCAUGGUGUUCUUACAAAAGAUACACCUCAAACGCAUACCAAGAUCUACCUGUUGAUGAAGGUUUCGAUGAAAACAGCAAACUCGUGGAUGAUCUUCCCGAAAAACGUCUUCUUGUACUUGGCCUGGACAAUGUUGGAAAGUCAAGCUUCUUGUCCUGCAUGGGAGGAAAGGAUCUCACUGCUAAACCCAAUCCAACCGAGGGCUUCAAUGUUGUCUGUGUCCAAACUGAAAAGAUAUCUUUUAAUACAUGGGAGAUUGGAGGAUCCGAAAAGGUGCGACAGUACUGGACCAACUUUGUUGACGACACUGAUGUGCUUGUAUUUAUAGUAGACUCGAGUGAUCGAGACCGCUUGGAAGAGGCUGCUGGUGAACUUAUGAAUCUUCUUAGCGAUAAACGUCUCCAUCAUGUUCCAGCUGUUAUUCUAGCUAAUAAACAGGACAUUCCAGAUGCACUUAGUCCAACUCAGGUUUUGGAGGGAUUAUGCCUAAGCGAGGCAACAAUAAAAAAACACAAGAUUCAUGUUGUCGGAACACAAGUCCCGUGGGAUGGAAAGAAAAAAGGCGUAAAAGAGGCUGAACAUUUUAUAUUCAAUGCAAUUCAUAGAUAGAGACAUACAUGUACAUGUAUCAUGAAGUGAAAAGUUACUCGGUGACUAUUGCGAUUAUUUCGUGAUCAAAGUUUGUGUUUGGCUCAAGAAUUCAGGGCCCACAGGUUGAAUCCCAGAGUGAGUGCUAAAAAGAAAUUAUUUAUUCAGGAGAGACUUGAUGGCCCAUGCUAUCAUAUAUUAUCAUUUUGUAUCUUUUGACCAUGUUUUGGGGACAAGUUUUGUACGUCAGAAAGAAUUCGUUCCAAGAAAAGGAAUGAUUGUUUCAUUCCAAAAAGGAAUGAUAAUUUCAUUCCAACAAAUUUAAUUUGGUACCGGUUGGAUAAAAACAACUACUGAAUAGGAGAGACGCAUAAUAGUUAUAAAUAUCUUUCAAGAUUUUAGACAGCUUCUUGUUUUGUAGAGAAAUCGGUACAGCGAUUCACAAAUUAUAUAUAUUGAUAAACGUAUCAUAUGCAUUGUUGGUCGUCCACUUGGUUCGUCGCCAUUUCAAUCCAUUCAAAACUUCACUCGGACCAUGACCACUUGCAAAAUAGCUGAGUUGACAGAAUAGAAACUUGACCACACAAAAUCUGUACGUGUGUUUGGCGCCAAAACUCGUCAUUCAUGACGUUGCACAGUCCACAGGCAGUCGGUUGCAUGGGCAACCUAUCCUGCUAAAAUCAUUACUUUCAUAAGCGGUCGUGGUCAGAGUGAAGUUUUGAAUGAUUAAAACGACAGGACAGGAUAUGGUAAAGAUUUAUUUGAGAAUUUGAUUUUAAAUUUCGAGAGAAGCUAUUGAAAUCGGAGCGAUAUAAAAAGUCUCUCGACAUCUUUAACUGUGCUAGAAGCAUAUUCAGUUUAUUUAAUUUCUCACGCUAUGACUUUGCAUGUGGAGGAAAAACUGAUUUCAGGCUCCCGAAUCUUGAAUCUGAAGUCUUGAAUCCAAGGUUUUGAAAUCUGAUCAAAAUCAAAUGUGCAGGUGCGGAUCCGGGAGUCAGAAAGAGGAGCAUUUCUCAUUAAAAUUUCUGAUGCAAAGUUUCCUGGUCAAAUGCAGAUUUUAUGAAUUAUGGAGGGGGGGGGGGGGUGACUCUACACCUGAUGUGAGUGCUGGUGGUUGAUUUUCGAACUUUUCCUGUUUAUCAUUUUCAUUCAUAAUUUAUUUCAUGUAUCAAAAUUUAUGUUUAACAAGUUAAAUAUCACAACAUAUCCUCCUCUGUAUAAUUACGGGCGGUUCAAAUCAAAAGUCACUCAAAUCAUAAUAGUAAUGAUGAUAAUAAUAAUUCAUAUCAUUUACUGUAUGUGAAAAAUGUGUCAAAAAGAAUUGUAAUCAAACAUUAGCCAAUUCUGUAUAAUUUACAAAUUGUGUAUUUGCUAUAAAACUGCCCACCUUGGAAAUUCUGAUUGCAUAAUUGUUUAAACUGCACUUUAACUGUUACUUAUGGGUGCAGAGAAGCGAUGUAAGGUUAGUGGUCUUGCACAAGGACACAAUGAGGUGUAACAGUGGCGUUCCUUCUGAAAGUUGAACCCACAACAUCCAGAUUAUGAGCCUGGGGCUUUAUUCAAAACCACUAUGCCACUGAUCUCCUAUUGGCAUUAGUACAUUGAAAGAUGAUUAUUAAUGCUUGGGUCCUUAUCAAUAAUAAUAUAAUAAUAUUCAGUAAAACUAAUUGCCACCACACUGUCGGAUUUUAUCAGAAUAUAUUGUAAUGUGUUUUACAUGUAGAUCUGAUGUGAGUAAGAUAGUUGGUGUUUCUAAAUCACGUUAUUGUACCAUAUCAUAUUUAGUUGUUUACCUUCUCUAUCACUUGCUUAUUGACAAUCAGAUAUCUUCUAGCCGAAGAUCAAGAUUUAAAAAAAUAACAAAUGGGGGGGGGGGGUGGAGAUAUUUUAAAAAGUGCACAUUGGUGUGAAAUUGUACCUAGUGCUUCGCUUUCUAGUACAUUCAGUGCUUAACUUUACCAAAAACCCAUUGCUUCAUGUAAUGAAGUGAUGGGUUUUGGACUUUGCUGAAAAGAAGUGCUUUAUUUCAACUGGAGUUUGUUUCUUGAUGGCAAAGCUAACAUAAAGUUAUGGACAUUUAUUUGCCGUCAUGUUUGUAGUGUUUUUUGUUCACUUUAAGUUCAAAUUAUGUAUUGUUAUUGUGCACAAAAUCUAUUUCCUCUUGCAGAGUUCAAUUUUAGACCAUCCUCCUACAACAGGUCUUGUACAUGUAUCUUUCCUAAGUUAUUCUCUUCUCCUUCUCUGUUCAAAAUACUUGAGCUAAUCAAUACCAUUACACUCUUCAACAUUUGAAUGACACUGUAGCCUUACAGUUUUGUCCAGUUGGCUAUAGCAUGUCAGGUCAAUAAGAGAACUGUUCCUUCUCUGGUUGGUACAGAAUUUGAUGUAGGAACAAAGGGUAUAGAAUUUUGUAGCGAUUCGAUCUACCUGCACAUUCCUCAAUCAUAAUGAAUUUUGUAUAUUUUGU